GCCCCUUCCCCGAGCGGCCGCGGGGGGAGGGGGACGAGGGGGCGCCGCGGCGGCGCUUGUGGUGCAGCCGCGCUCGCUCGACCGGGCCCCGCGGUCCCCGCCGCCUCGCCGGCGCUCCCUCCGUGCCGCCCUCCGUGCGCCCCGCACCGCGCCGCCGCCCGGGGCGGGGGAGUCGCGGGGAGUGGAUGCCUAGCAGGCAGUCCGGGGCAGAGACCUGCGGACGCCAUGGGCUGCUGCAGCUCCGCCGCGCAGAGUUCCAAGCGAGAAUGGAAGCCUCUGGAAGACCACAGCUGCACAGAUGUACCAUGGCUGCUCUUAUUCAUCCUCUUUUGCAUAGGAAUGGGUUUUAUCUGUGGCUUUUCAAUAGCUACAGGAGCAGCUGCAAGACUGCUUUCGGGAUAUGACAGUUAUGGAAAUAUUUGCGGACAGAAAAAUGUCAAGGUGGAGGGAAUAGUCAACAGUGGUCUGGACCUCACACAGAAGAAGUAUGUAUUCUUCUUGGAUCCAUGCAACAUUGAUAUAGUACAUCAGAAGAUUAAGUCUAUUGCCUUGUGUGUAUCAGCUUGCCCAAGGAAAGAACUGAAAAGUCUGGCUGAUAUACAGAAAUUUGCAGAAACUAAUGGAUCCACUCUAUGUAGCUAUGAACUACAGCCAUCAGAAUACACUACAGACCCAAGGGCUGCCAAGUUAUGUCCUAAAUAUCCUGUUCCAGAGAGUGCACCUAUUCCAUUCUUCCAUCGCUGUGCUCCUGUGAACAUUUCCUGCUAUGCCAAGUUUGCAGAGGCCCUGAUCACCUUUGUCAGUGACAGUAGUGUCUUACACAGGCUGAUUAGUGGAGUUAUGACCAGCAAAGAGAUUAUAAUGGGACUUUGCUUGUUAUCACUAGUGUUGUCCAUGAUUUUGAUGGUUAUAAUAAGGUACAUUUCAAGAGUACUUGUCUGGAUUUUAACAAUUCUUGUCAUUCUGGGAUCACUUGGUGGUACAGGUGUCCUGUGGUGGCUCUAUGCUAAACAAAGAAUAUCUGCCGGUGCUCUUGAGACCCAAAUAGCCAAAGACAAUCUUCAGGCUCUCUUGAUCUAUGCCAUUGCAGCUACAGUCUUCACGGUUAUCAUGCUCUUGAUCGUGUUAAUUAUGCGCAAAAGAGUAGCUCUCACCAUUGCCUUGUUCCAUGUGGCUGGCAAGGUCUUCAUUCACCUGCCGCUAUUAGUCUUCCAGCCAUUUUGGACAUUCUUUGUGCUUAUCGUCUUCUGGACAUACUGGAUCACAGUCCUGCUUUUUCUCGGUACUACAGGUAGUCCUGUCCCAAAUGAAGAAGGAUUUGUUGAAUUUCGGAUGGCGGGUCCUUUGAAAUACAUGUGGUGGUACCAUGUAGUGGGACUCAUCUGGAUCAGCGAGUUUAUCCUAGCCUGUCAGCAGAUGACAGUAGCAGGGGCUGUUGUGACAUACUAUUUUACAAGGGAGAAAAGAAACCUGCCAUUUACUCCUAUUCUGGCAUCUGUUAAUCGCCUUGUUUGUUACCACCUAGGAACAGUAGCAAAGGGGUCUUUCAUUAUCACGCUAGUGAAGAUACCACGAAUGAUUCUUAUGUAUAUUCACACACAACUCAAAGGAAAGGAAAACGCUUGUGCUCGCUGUAUGCUUAAAGCCUGCAUUUGCUGCCUUUGGUGUCUAGAAAAGUGCCUGACAUAUUUAAAUCAGAAUGCAUACACAGCCACAGCUAUCAACAGCACCAAUUUCUGCACCUCAGCAAAGGAUGCCUUUGUUAUCCUAGUGGAAAACGCUUUGCGAGUGGCUGCCAUAAACACAGUUGGGGAUUUUAUGCUGUUUCUAGGAAAGGUCCUGAUUGUCUGCAGCACAGGUUUGGCUGGCAUUAUGUUGCUGAAUUACCAACGAGAUUACACCAUCUGGGUGCUGCCACUCAUCAUUGUCUGCCUCUUUGCAUUCCUGGUUGCUCACUGCUUCCUUUCCAUUUAUGAAAUGGUUGUUGAUGUCCUUUUCUUAUGUUUUGCCAUCGAUACAAAAUACAAUGAUGGGAGCCCUGGCAGGGAAUUCUACAUGGAUAAAGUUCUCAUGGAGUUUGUGGAGAAUAGUAGGAAAUCUAUGAAAGAAGCUGGCCGGGGAGGUGGAGCUGAGGGCAGAGAGCUAAAACCAAUGGCCUCUGGAGCAAGUUCAUCUUGAAACUAGCCAGCCAUAUUGGAACCCAUUGACAUUCCAAAACAGUAUAUAUAUACAUAUAUACAUACAUACAUAUAUAUAUAUAUAUACAUACAUACAUAUAUAUAUAUAUAUAUAAAAAUAAACAGCCAAAAUCAGAGAAAAGGAACAGGGAUUUAAAACUUUUUUUAACAAUUAUUUUUGUGAAACAUGUACUCUUUUCAUACGGGUGGCUUUUACAAGCAGCUUUAUCAUUGUUCCAUUUCUUAAAUUAUUUGUUGUGGUCAUGGAAAUGUUGAUUCUUAUCUGCUUGAUAUUUUAAAAUCUGGGAAAGUAUCAUUGUAAAGAUAAUCUGAAAUCAUGACUGGGUUUAGAUACAGAUUUGCCAUGACACUGCUAAUCUGCUGAGAGUUUUACUUGUUUAAUUUCUUUUAAAUUUGCAUUAAAUUCAGGACAGUGACAUGUACAGAAAACCUUAAAAUCAAGAAAAGUCUCAAAUUUAUUUUUUCAAGAGGUGGUUUCAGCAAAAAUUUGUUCAGUUCAAAUGUGUGUGUAAGCAGUUAUUUUACUUUACAGCCCUGGCAGGGCACAGUUUUGUUUACCAGUAUCAGAUAUCACAAUAACCAACUCCUCAGGUAUUUAGGUGUGUGGGAGCCCUUGCAUCUCCUAUUAAACAGAACCUACAAAAUGGGGACAGAUAAUUUUUAUAUGCAAUUAACUUCCUGCUUACCCUACUUUUACCCCUCAUACCCAUUGCCCUCUAUCCUCCCCUUGAGUUCAGUAGCCUCCUUCACACUUCAGCAGUGUUCCUUUGAAGGGUAUGGAUUCUCAAUACGGGCAAGUGAAAUAACAGAUUGUUAAAGCUCAGUCUUAGCCAUACUCAUGAUUAAUUCAUGACUAGAUACAAAGAUGCUGAGGAUGGGAAGAGAAAUGAAUUGUACUGCUGUACAUUAAAAAGUACGGUAUGUUUCAUUUCAUGAGAGAGCUCUGGGAGGUAGAAAGGAUCAUUCCUUGCCUGUUGUUUGAUCCAUAUUUGUACAUACUGUAGUGGAUGGCUAAAGCCAGAAAGGGCAGAGAAACAUUCAUUUGGAAGUGUAGCUGCCAGGAUAAUUAUCUGAAGUUAUUAAAUAAUGACAAGAGAACAUGCUUUUUUAUUAUUAUUAGAUACAUAAAUAUCUUUUCAGUCUGGAAGCUCACCAGAUAUGAAUGCUAAUAUUCAAUUAUUCAGCAUAGUGAAAUGGUAAAUGCUUAACUGUAUUUGCUAAGAAUUAAUGAUCUGUCUAUGCUAUAUAUUCCUUUUGUUAACAUUUUUUUAAAAAAACUAUUUUUGUUAUUGUAAGGUUAAUAUUUCAGAGCAGAAUUUUUAAACUUAUUGCACUAAAUACAAGCUGUCUACAGAUAAUGAUGCCUCAAUGGUUCAAUCACUCCAUUCCAGAAAAUCUUUUAAAAGAGUAAGAGCCUUUCUACACAAGCUUUAUGAUGGAGUAUAGAGGUAUGUCUAGGUAAAGACAUGCACAACUCGUGUAAUCAAGGUUAAGUAAGUAAGCAGUUAACUGUGCUUCCUUUCAGACUAUCAGACUUUUAAAUUGCUGCUGAAGGUUUAAAAAAUUAUGUAGUAUCAUUUACCUAACUAGUGCUCUUACAUUUUUGGCAAUAGUAAAACAUUUCACUUUUGCUUCCAGAAGUCAUUUAAUAACUUUGAUUUGUAACUUUUUUUUUUUUCUGUAAGCCAGUUAAAACAAUUUACACUUCAUAUCUCAGAUCCCAAACUAUUUUAAAGGUACAAAAAUAAAGAAACAUUUAGAAAGGAUAGCUGUUGGGGAGUCAAAGAGAAUUACCCAGUCCUGGAAGCACUUACUCAUUUAAGUGAAUCACAUCUGUAACUCUGCUAGCAUCAGGAGGGCUCUCUAAGUAUGGAAAUUGUAACGUUCACAUCUGUGUAAGUGCUGACCGGACGAGAGCUUCAGCCUAGUGAUUCAAACUGGAGCACAGAUGAGGCUUCUCAGUGCAGUUUAGAGGUCUAUCUAACUUGUCCAGAAGAAGCACUGAGUAACCUUACUUUUGUGGAGACAAGACAUUCCUGCAGUAUCAGUGUCUAAGACAGCAGUGGUACUCAACACUGUUAUUUGUGUAGAUUAGAGGGGUUUAGCACCACAAAUUUAAAAACUGGCUUAUAGUUAGAUGAAUCCUAGAAGCUGGUUUUCAAGGCUAAAAGACUUACCAAGUACCUAGUUGCUUCCAGAAAGUUCAGUUUUCAUCUUGCUUGAAGGUUAUUGGAAGUGCUUAGUGAAAGAAGCCUUGUAUUCUGCUCAUUUUGAUAAAAAAAAUUCUGCCAUGACUGGUUCCACAAGUUUGUGUUCUCCGCUCACUGGGAAGUCCUGAGUGGGAACUGUUCUCUGUAAUUGCAACUAGGACUGCAGUUGGUAACAAAUUUUGUAUUUUUGUAUGACUUGAUUGUGCACCAUUUUUAUAGCAGUUUAUCCUGUCUUAAAAAUAAAUUUGUUUAUUUACAUGAUCUUUAAAAGAUACAGGCAACAGUUUUCUAUGGGUAGUUGUAAUGUUUAAGUGAGAAAUCUAUAUCAUUACAAAGUUCUUAAUAAAAAUGUGUGCACCAUUCUUGAGUGUAUAUCCAGCAUGCAGAGCUUUUCAGUCCUGCCAAAAAGGCAUUCCAUCCAGACACAGGCUUUCCAGUGGCCCUUUAAAGCUUUUGAAUGUCCUCUGAAGUUCAUUUGCAACCAAACUACAAGCUGCCCUCUUCCAGCUUUGUCUUUUGCACAGAGAUAAGCAGAAGACAGAAUUCUGAAAAGACAACUUUUCAGGACAAAUUUAGACUGCUUUCCUCUCCUACUGGGUGUAGUGGAGUAGGAGGACAUUUUGGCAUGCAAACCCGAUACAUAAUUUUUGGCAGUAGGGGUGCUGGGGUCUGCCAGCUGUAAUAUAUUAAAUGCUUUUUUUGACUGUUGGUUAUUAAAGCCAGUGUAUGGUCUGCUUUGUGGGAAGCAGUCUAGACUAAGUAGAGAGUGAUGCUGCGCUGAGAAUAACAAUGCAGGAGGAGCAGACGAGACAGCUAAAACAGAGAAAACAUCUCAGAAAGUCCAUUGAAUUGAGUAGCACUCAAAGACUGGAGAUUUAGGCUGGACAAUUUGGAUUUACAAACAAUCAUUGGGAUUACUGCUUCCCAGAAUUUGAUUUCUGCAUCAUAGCCUCUGUCCAGUUAGGUUUCAAACAGAAAAAAAGCAUGCCAUUUCUUAAAUUGUUAAAUGUUUUUCCACAUUAUGUUUUCUGUUUGGACGUUGAACAGCACCAUAUAAUCUUUACUGCUUUUUCAAAACAAAGAAUGUUUUUGUUGUUACUGUUCUUUUGGGUAUCAUUUCCAUGUUGUUCUCUCAGUGAAAGAGUGGCAAGUGGCAAUGUCAGCUCCCAUUUGUUCCUUGAUCUUACCACAUUCCCUUUUACCUUCCCAAGGCAAUGAUUCAGGAUAUCAUCUGGACUGAAUGAGAGGGAGAGUAGGUGCUAAGGUAAACUUUUGAGGUAGGAUUUUUUUUUUUUGUGUGGUAUUACUCCAUCACUGUGGUUGGAAGUGCAACCAAUCACUUCUAGAGUUUCCCUGCUGCUCCACAGCUAGACUUAACACAUAGGAUGGCCAGCUUAAGUUUGCAUCUUCAGCUUUCCAGUAGCUCCCAGCUGCCAGAACCAGGACAGGCUUCUGAAGGUGGCCUUAGAUCGGCAUAGUAAAUGAAGGACUUUCUGCAGAAAGAAGGGAGAGCUAACACUGGAAAAUGCAGUUAAAUGUGGCAGGUUGACCAUGGCUGUCACAUACACUGCUACUCAGUUGGUUGCUCAGUCCCUGCAGUGGGGUGGGAGAGAGCAGUGAAAGGACAAAAACCUUCAUAUAAGUGCAGUUCAUUAAGCAAAUAAGGGGAUGGGGGAAAAAUCAAAAGCAAUCAUUUACCAGCAGACCAAUGCCCAGCCAAUCUCCAACCAGCAGCAGCUUUGGAACCACACCCACCCCAGUUUGAUUGCUGAGGGUUACAUUGUAUGGUGUGGAAUAUUUUCAGUCUGUUCCGGUCAGCUGUCCUGGCUGUGUACUGUCCAUCCUAUUGCCGAACCCCAAAUGAUUGCUGGGGUCCUAGAGUGGAAAAUAGAGAAGGCCUUGACCCUGUGCAAGCCCUGCUCAGCAACAGGUAAAGCUUUGUGUUAGCAGCACUAUUUUGGUUGCAGAUCUAAAACACAGCACCUUGCAGGUUGCUGAGAAGAAAAUUAACUCCAUCCAGCCUAACCCAGUACAUAGGCCCAUUUACCCAAUAAUGGUCCAAGACUUGCUCCCUGCAUUUCUGUACAGCAUCUUCUCAGGGUGGUUACUUCUUUCUGAAAGGGCUUUUUUUGCAGCAGGCAAUUAGCCUGCUCCACAGUGCUCCUUUUCAUGGAGGGAGCAGGGGAUGUUAGCUCUUACUCUUUCAGCACAUAAUGGGGAUAUAAAGCAAAAAUGAGCCCUUUCUGUAUCAGUGUUCUGGCAAUUGAGCAGCCAGUGUAGGAGACAAUAUACUUAAUGUGCCCUCAGGGCAUGCACUUUAGUGGUUUGCUCUGAGUGGUUAUGAGUAUUCUAUGAAUGUAUGUUAUAGAGUCAGAAUAAAAUGCAUGUAGCAGACAUAUACUUAUCACCAUCUAGUGAGCAUUUAGUUCAGAGUGCGUAUUACAUGCUAUAUUGAAUAUGGCACAUUCAUCUUAAGAAACAGUCUUAAGAUUUGUAAGUAGAUACUUGACAGCAUUCCUGUUUUUUAAAUCAUGGCUUGGCCUGUGCAGAUACCGUUUACUAAAUCUAAAUAUCACUAGCCCAUUGUUUCUUGAACAGCUUGUGUCACAUUAUCAACAUAGAAAUUCUAUUUCAUCUUUGUGAAAAAAACAAAAUAAACAAGAAAACAACCCUUGUGUUUUCCAACACAAAACCCAGCAGGCAUUUUUAAAGCAUUUCUUGCACUCAGCUUUGUUGGGAUGAUGAAAGUUUACUCUAAAUAUUUCAUUUUAAAAUGCUCUUCCAACCAUUUAAUCUUUGCUGUUAUUUUCAUCAUGUAAUAAGAUUAUCGAGACUAGUAAAUCUAUAUUUCUUGUGUUCUGUAGCAAAUACUGUUCUCAAGGUAUUUUUUUCUUUUAUAUUUGAAGAGAUGAGAGAAGAGAUGAAACUCAUCUCUUGUAAUGGGGGUCAUGUAUAAAAGGCAAAAUUUCUGGUCUGUAAUGGAGCUGUGAUGAGUCUUGCAAUCUGAUACAAUCAAGCCAAAGCUCCUCAAAGACCAGGAUUAUGAAAAUAUUUCUAAGGAGAAUUGGUAGCAUGAAUUGAUCUGACAAUACCUAUUUGGAGGCUAAACUAGUUGGUGUUCAUUUGACAGACAUCUGUUAAAAUGAAACUAGCAGAAAACCAGCAAAUGCCCAUCAGAUUCUACUCCCCUGUCUCACUGAGGUCAAAUCAUCAUAUUUUAAUGUGUUGAGCAGAAUUUGGUGUUAGAAGCAUUUAGUACUUUUCUACAGAAACAUGGGGCUCCCAUUAGAGUCCAGGAAUUCAGAGUAAAAGUACCAGCUGACUUUAACAGAACUAGCCUAAUUUUGGUAAUGUUAAAGACAGCUAUGGCCUCUCUAAGUAUGUGAUUUAUAAGUAGAUACCUAACAGCAUUCCUGUUUUAUUCUGGCAGCAUAGGUGGCUACCAUUCCUCAAGUGUACCACCUCUCCUCUCCAGCUUGAGUGGGAAUAGGGGCAGCUUAUUUCAAAAAGGCUUGGUGAAAUUAGGAAGCUGACUAAUUAUGAAACCCAGCAGAAGUUGUGCACUAACUGGAGUUCCUGCUGUAAUCAUGUUUUUUAACUCUCAAAUACCAUGGAUUCUCCAUGUUAGUAUUAGUUGGGUCCCUCCCUACUGCUCAGACUGAAGUGGAAGAGUAUAUCUCAUUUGAAAAACAGCACCACCGACAAUUUCAUAGUGUCUCCUAGGGGAGUGAAAACCAAAAGGUGGCUUUGUUUCUAAUGUAGGCCAGAAAGCAGCUGCCAGAAGUUAGGUGGAGCCAUGGACAGCAGAUAGAAAAUAUUCUGCAGAAUCUUCACAGUAGUUAAGAAAAUUCACAUUCCAAUUCAGACAUCUCACAGCAACAUCUCCUGUGUUCCACUUUAAUUUUACUCUGGAGCUGUUCAGAGAAAAAUGAAAGUGGAAUACCUAUAGAAAAGAAUUAUUUCUGUAUAGUGAGUUGUGUUGCUGAUUACAGAAACUGCCCUAAGGAAAAAGGAAAAUCUUCUGAACAGAUUUUAAAGGCUUGACAGUUCUUGCAUUGUCAUAGUCCAUCAAAGCUUCAUCUGGAAACAAAUAUUUCAUCCUCCUUUACUCAUACUUCUAACAGGGCGAUCAAACCCCUGGACUGGCUUAGUGAUUUAUAUUGAAUCAAGAUCUACUAACAAGUGCUCCUUUUUCCAGUGGAAUGCCACCUCCUUUGAAAAUGGGAAAAGUAAAUGUGACACUGUUCAUUGUUGUCUUGAGAACUUAAACUAUUUUAUACUGCAAGCUGUGAAUGCAGGAAGAGAAAAGAAAUUAACAGUGCUGAUCUAAUCUUAGAUUUUCUGUGUAAACUGACAUUGUGCCAGGAUACUGAUGCAAAACUGUAUUUUAGUCUAAGAAAUGUAUAGAUUUUUUAAUGUAUCAAAAUAAAGUUUUCCUUUUAAGUAAG